AUGACAAGCUAUCCCCGUCCAGACUUCCAACGGACUACCCUGAACUGGAGUAGCCUCGAUGGCCCAUGGACCUUCACAUUUGACGACGCAGACACGGGCAAAACCGAAAACUGGCACAAAACAAGCCUGAAAAACAACAUAUCCAAACGUGAAAUCAAUGUCCCCUAUGCCUUCCAAACGCCAGCCUCGGGAAUCAACCUCCUGGAGGCGCACGAGGUAAUGUGGUAUGAGCGCAAUAUAACCGACGUCCGUAACGCAGACGAAAAAGCAAAGGGGAACAGACUCCUCGUCCGAUUCGGUGCAGUCGAUUAUGAAUGCGAGGUUUGGGUAGAUGGGUCGUUCGCCGGUGGACAUCGGGGUGGACACGUCCCCUUUGACGUGGAUGUGUCCGAUGCAUUUCAUAGCGAGAAAAGCGAAGCUCGACUUACGCUGAGAGUACGAGAUUCGCCAUUCGAUCUGACCCAGCCGCGUGGGAAACAGUUCUGGAAGCCUGUUCCUGAGAGUAUUUUCUAUACUCCUUCUGGUGGGAUCUGGCUUUCUGUUUGGCUGGAGAGUGUUCCUGCCAUGAGAAUUGCCUGUGGAAGUGGUGGGACGGUGCUGAGGUCUGAUGAUAUCGAUUCUGGAAAGUUGCAUGCUCAGGUUGGGGUACUGGGACGACGAGUUGGGUCUGAAUCCGCGGCCAAGAUUGAGAUUGAGGCGAAUCUCGGUGGUAUCUUUGUUGGAAAAACCGAGGGCGAGCUACCUCGGGAUCAGAAUCUCGCCAAGUUGGAAUUGAGUAUGAAGGCGGAGACUGCAGCCUCGUUACAAAGUCGGGAACCCUUCAAUGCGGACGGUGUCUGGCAUGAAGGUGUAGCACUCUGGGCUCCGGAACAUCCAAUCCUCUACGAUAUUACACUUCGACUGUACGAUGCCUCUGGCAGUCUAAUCGACGAAGUCCAAACAACAACCGGCAUGCGAAGCCUCUCCUGGCAAACAGGCGACGGCACAUUCCGCUUGAACGGCAAACCCUACUUCCAAAUGCUCUUCCUGGACCAAGGCUAUUGGCCCGAAACAGGAAUGACACCCCCCUCAUCUGAAGCACUCAAGACGGAUAUUGAACUCGCCAAGAAAAUUGGAUUUAAUGGAUGUCGCAAGCACCAGAAAGUCGAGGACCCUCGAUUCUACUAUUGGGCCGAUCGACUCGGUUUUGUUGUUUGGGGAGAGAUGGCAAAUGCGUAUGAAUUCGGGGGUGAAUAUGUCGAGCGUUUUACGGGCGAGUGGACUGAAGCUGUGAAGCGUGAUAUCAAUCACCCGUCUAUUGUUACCUGGACGCCUAUCAAUGAGUCGUGGGCUGUUUUUGCACUGAAGGAUAAUAUUGAACAGCGGAAUCAUGUUCGCGCGUUGUACUAUUUGACGAAAAACCUCGAUCCAAGCCGGCCCAUAAACGACAACUGCGGCUGGGAACAUGUCAAAACAGAUCUCACUACCUUCCACGACUACAGUGAUAGCUCAGAGUUGACAGCCACGUGUGCCAGUAUGAGCGGAAUCCUAGGUCCCAAAGCCGGACACGAUAUGUUCGCACCACCCAUCUACAGCGGCUACUCGGGUUCUGUCAUUGUAGACGAGGGGGCGAGACAUACACCAGGUGCGCCAGUUAUCUGCUCCGAGUUCGGAGGUGUGAAUAUCACUCCACCGAAGGAUUCAAAGGAGGCGGGCGAGCGGGAUUGGGGUUAUACAACUGCUAGUGACCCCGAUGAUUUCUUAGUGAGGUUUGAAAAGUUGGUCAUGGGUGUUGUGAAGGGGGGACAUGUCUGUGGACUGGUAUGGACGCAGCUGUGUGAUAUUGAGCAGGAAGUUAACGGGUUAUACACCUACGACCGCAAAGAUAAGGUCCCCGCUGAGAAGGUUAGGGCUGUUAUGGAUGCCGCGAAGGACCAUUACUAUGGGCACGUUAGUAGCCACCACUCGAAGGGAUUCAGGAAGUUGCUGGAUCAGUAUAAGCAAGUGGUGCACCGGAAGUGA